AUGUUGGACCUUUUUACGAUAUUCAGCAAAGGCGGCAUCGUUCUUUGGUGUUUCCAAAGCACCAGUCAAAUUAGUCAGUUUUUCAUACCCUCAGUGAAUUCGUUGAUCAAAACUGUUAUUCUUCAGGAAAGGACAAGUAGUAACAACAAUUAUGAACAAGAUUCUCUUUCAUUGAAAUAUAGAUUAGACAAUGAGUUUGACCUGGUAUUUGUGAUAGCAUUUCAAAAAAUACUACAGCUGUCAUAUGUAGACAAAUUUCUGGACGAUAUACAAUUGGAAUUUAGGGAUAAGUAUAAAAAUGACUUAGCCCGAAAAAAUUAUUUUAUGGAAUUUGAAUUCAGUAAAAAUUUUAAAGAAGUUCUUAAAUCUGCUGAAGAGUGGGGUAGGGCUCAAGCCUGUAUUCCAAAGCAGAUGCGUACAUUCAAUGAGUCUACUAAAUCAAAAAAAACUGUAGCAUCUAUGAUUGAACGAAAAGGCGAUGAUAAAGAAAAUAAAAAAAAUAUAAAAAUGAUUGAAACUCAAAAAAAUGAUAAAGAAGUUAACCAUAACGGUGUUUCAUUUAACGAGGAAGACUUAAUCGCUCAAAACCGAUUAAAAAUGGCUCAAAAAAUGGGUGCUAUAAAUUCUAAUAAACUAAAAAAAAAUAAAGAGAAAGUGCCAAAACCUUCUCCUAAAGCAACUAAGCAACCACGUACAUGGCCAUUAGGCGGAGCAGCAAAGGACAUAAGCUCUUUAGAUUAUACAAAAGAUAAGCCAAAUAACAAUGCAGACACUCCUAUUGAAAUCGAAACAAAUAAUGAAAUUGUUGGGCAAAUGGUUGGAGGAAUAAAAGACAUAGAAAUUGAUAGCGAGAGUGAAGAAGAAGAAUCUGAUGAAAAAUUUGAAACAGCUGCUGAACGUAAGAGGAAAAAUGAUAGCAAAAAAAGUGUAUUCUCUAUGUUCAAGGGUUUAGUUGGAAGAAAAAAUUUGACUGCAGCUGAUAUGGAUCCAGUGUUGGAAAAACUUAAAGAACAUUUAGUUGCAAAAAAUGUGGCUAUUGAAAUAGCUACUAAACUUUGUGACUCUGUUUCCUCUAAACUUGAAGGAAAGGUUCUUGGUUCAUUUGAAUCGGUGGCAUCAACAGUAAAGAAUACUAUGAUCGAAUCUCUAGUACAAAUAUUGUCACCAAAACGUAGGAUUGAUAUUUUACGUGAUGCAAUGAUGGCUAAAAAGAAUGAUAAACCUUAUGUUAUGGCAUUUUGUGGAGUUAAUGGUGUUGGAAAAUCUACAAAUCUUGCAAAAAUUUGUUUUUGGUUGAUUGAAAAUAAUCUGAGAGUAUUAAUUGCAGCUUGUGAUACAUUUAGAGCAGGUGCUGUUGAACAAUUAAGAACUCAUACAAAACAUUUGAAUGCUCUUCAUCCGGCAAAAAAACAUAAUGAUCAGCAAAUGGUACAAUUGUAUGAAAAAGGAUAUGGAAAGGAUGCAGCUGGAAUUGCUAUGGAAGCGAUAAACCACGCCAAGGAAGCCAAGUAUGAUAUAGUUCUUGUCGACACAGCUGGAAGAAUGCAAGAUAAUGAGCCAUUAAUGCGAGCUUUGACCAAAUUGAUUAAAGUGAAUGAACCUGACAUGGUUCUAUUUGUCGGUGAAGCAUUGGUUGGCAAUGAAGCAGUUGAUCAGCUGGUAAAAUUCAAUCAAGCCUUGGCCGAUUAUUCAUCUUCAGUUACUCCGCACUUGAUUGAUGGAAUUGUGCUCACAAAAUUUGACACAAUUGAUGAUAAAGUUGGAGCUGCUAUUUCAAUGACAUACAUCACAGGUCAGCCAAUAGUAUUUGUGGGAACUGGACAAACAUAUACAGAUCUCAAGUCACUGAAUGCAAAGGCAGUGGUUGCUGCUCUAAUGAAAUAAAAACAUGAUUGCUGCACAUUACAUUUAAACAGUAUCUUUAAUAACUUGAUUGACCUACAAUAAUUGAACUCCAUAUAUUUCUUUGUAAUCAGGUGAUAAUUUUUUGGUUUUUUUAUUAGUUAUUUAAUAAAUGUACUAAAGUAUUUUAUGUUUUAUUAUGUGGGGAAUGUUCAUCCUACUUAAUAUGUAUGU